CAGCACCAGUCAGCAAAGUGAAUAAGUACUGUGCUUCUUCCAACCUUCACCCCACUUGGAGGAAAAAGAACAGCAUCAUGUCAAACAUCACGAUUGACCCGGAUGUCAAGCCUGGCGAGUAUGUCAUCAAGAGCCUCUUUGCAGAAUUUGCUGUUCAGGCCGAAAAGAAAAUUGAAGUUGUAAUGGCUGAACCCUUGGAGAAGCUGUUAUCCAGAUCUCUUCAGAGGGGUGAAGAUCUUCAGUUUGACCAGCUGAUAAGCUCCAUGAGCUCCGUUGCCGAGCACUGCCUCCCUUCCCUGCUUCGCACCUUGUUUGACUGGUACAGACGCCAAAAUGGAACUGAAGACGAGUCUUACGAGUAUAGGCCUCGCUCUAGCACCAAGUCCAAGGGGGAUGAACAGCAACGUGAAAGAGAUUAUCUUCUUGAAAGGAGGGACUUAGCAGUAGAUUUCAUUUUUUGUUUAGUUUUAGUUGAAGUUCUCAAGCAGAUUCCUGUUCAUCCUGUACCUGAUCCCUUAGUUCAUGAAGUUCUAAACUUAGCUUUCAAGCACUUUAAACACAAAGAAGGAUAUUCAGGAACCAACACGGGGAAUGUGCAUGUUAUUGCAGACCUGUAUGCAGAGGUCAUAGGGGUUCUUGCUCAGUCCAAGUUCCAGGCUGUGAGGAAGAAGUUUGUGACCGAGUUAAAGGAGCUGCGACAGAAAGAGCAAAGCCCCCAUGUGGUGCAGAGUGCCAUCAGCCUGAUCAUGGGGAUGAAGUUUUUCCGAGUCAAAAUGUACCCUGUGGAAGACUUUGAAGCAUCAUUUCAGUUUAUGCAGGAAUGUGCUCAGUAUUUCUUAGAAGUAAAAGAUAAAGAUAUAAAACAUGCACUUGCUGGUUUGUUUGUGGAGAUUCUUAUCCCUGUAGCUGCUGCUGUUAAAAAUGAAGUGAAUGUUCCCUGUUUGAAAAAUUUUGUGGAGAUGCUUUAUCAGACUACUUUUGAACUGAGCUCCAGAAAGAAGCAUUCAUUGGCUUUAUAUCCAUUAAUCACCUGCCUUUUAUGUGUCAGUCAGAAACAGUUUUUUUUAAAUAACUGGCAUAUUUUCCUACAGAACUGUUUGUCACAUUUAAAGAAUAAAGAUCCUAAAAUGUCUCGCGUUGCACUGGAAUCUUUGUAUAGAUUAUUGUGGGUUUAUGUAAUUAGAAUAAAAUGUGAAAGCAACACUGUAACUCAAAGUCGUCUUAUGAGCAUAGUGUCAGCACUUUUCCCAAAAGGCUCACGAAGUGUGGUUCCUCGGGACACCCCUCUGAACAUAUUUGUGAAGAUUAUUCAGUUCAUUGCUCAGGAACGUUUGGAUUUUGCAAUGAAAGAAAUAAUAUUUGAUCUUCUCAGUGUUGGAAAAUCUACUAAAACUUUUACCAUUAAUCCAGAGAGAAUGAACAUAGGCCUCAGAGUCUUCCUGGUAAUAGCAGACAGCUUGCAGCAGAAGGAUGGGGAGCCGCCAAUGCCCACAACAGGCGUUAUCCUUCCCUCGGGAAACACCCUUCGUGUAAAGAAAAUUUUCCUCAACAAAACCUUGACAGAUGAAGAAGCAAAAGUCAUAGGAAUGUCAGUUUACUAUCCUCAAGUAAGAAAAGCAUUAGACAGCAUUCUCAGGCAUCUAGACAAAGAAGUCGGGAGACCCAUGUGCAUGACCAGUGUGCAGAUGUCCCAUAAGGAGCCUGAAGACAUGAUCACGGGGGAAAGAAAACCAAAAAUUGAUUUAUUUAGAACUUGUAUUGCUGCUAUUCCAAGGCUGAUUCCUGAUGGCAUGAGCAGAACUGACCUCAUUGAAUUGUUAGCAAGACUCACGAUUCACAUGGAUGAAGAACUGCGUGCCCUGGCCUUCAAUACUCUGCAGGCGCUAAUGCUUGAUUUUCCGGACUGGCGGGAGGACGUCCUCUCAGGAUUUGUUUAUUUCAUUGUUCGUGAUGUGACUGAUGUCCAUCCCACGCUCCUUGAUAAUGCUGUCAAGAUGUUGGUCCAGUUGAUAAAUCAGUGGAAACAAGCAGCUCAGAUGCAUAACAAAAACCAGGACUCGCAGCAUGAUGUAGCUAAUGGCAUGUCUCACCCCCCUCCUCUGGAGAGGAGCCCGUAUUCUAGCGUGUUCCAUGUGGUCGAGGGCUUUGCGCUUGUCAUUCUCUGUAGCAGUCGACCUGCCACCAGGAGAUUAGCCGUCAGUGUCCUUAGAGAAAUACGGGCUCUGUUUGUACUUUUGGAGAUACCUAAGGGUGAUGAUGAGUUGGCCAUAGAUGUGAUGGACAGACUGAGCCCGUCCAUUCUUGAGAGCUUCAUACAUCUCACUGGGGCUGAUCAGACCGCUCUGCUCUACUGCCCCAGCUCGGUAGAUCUGCAGACACUGGCAGAGUGGAACUCUUCUCCCAUCAGCCACCAGUUUGACGUGAUUAGUCCAUCACACAUAUGGAUAUUCGCACAUGUGACCCAAGGCCAAGACCCAUGGAUCAUAAGUCUCUCCAGUUUUCUAAAGCAAGAAAACCUCCCUAAGCACUGCGCAACCACCGUGAGCUACGCUUGGAUGUUUGCAUACACAAGGCUUCAGUCGUUGUCCCCGCAGGUUGAUAUAAAUAGCCCCAUCAAUGCUAAGAAGGUGAGCACCGCCACCAGCAGUGACUCCUAUGUAGGCCUGUGGAGGAACUACCUGAUCCUGUGCUGCAGCGCGGCCGCCUCAGCAUCCUCACCCACGUCUGCAGGCUCCGUGCGGUGCUCCCCUCCCGAGACACUGGCAUCCACCCCUGACAGCGGCUACAGCAGCGAUUCCAAGAUCGUUGGCAUCCCAUCCCCUUCCUCCCUGUUCAAGCACAUAGUUCCAAUGAUGCGCUCUGAAAGCUUGGAGAUCACAGAAUCCCUCGUUCUUGGUCUUGGCAGGACCAACCCAGGAGCUUUCAGGGAACUAAUAGAGGAAUUACAUCCCAUAAUUAAAGAAGCACUAGAAAGAAGGCCAGAGAAUAUGAAACGGCGCAGGCGUCGAGACAUUUUGCGAGUACAGCUGGUGCGGAUAUUUGAACUGCUGGCAGAUGCUGGUGUCAUUAGUCACAGUGCAAGUGGUGGCCUUGAUAAUGAGACUCAUUUCCUCAACAACACUUUAUUGGAGUAUGUAGAUUUAACUAGACAACUCCUGGAAGCAGAAAAUGAAAAAGACUCUGACACACUGAAGGAUAUACGGUGCCAUUUCAGUGCCUUAGUGGCGAAUAUCAUUCAGAAUGUCCCAGUACACCAGAGAAGAAGCAUUUUCCCCCAGCAGAGCCUUCGCCACAGCCUGUUCAUGCUGUUCAGCCACUGGGCAGGCCCCCUUAGCAUCAUGUUUACGCCCUUGGACAGAUACAGUGAUAGAAAUAUGCAAAUCAAUAGACACCAGUACUGUGCGUUAAAGGCUAUGUCUGCUGUACUGUGUUGUGGCCCUGUUGCAGAUAAUGUCGGACUUUCCUCAGAUGGCUAUUUGUACAAAUGGUUGGAUAACAUUUUGGACUCUCUGGACAAAAAGGUUCACCAGCUGGGCUGUGAGGCAGUCACGUUGCUGCUGGAGCUGAACCCGGACCAGAGCAACCUGAUGUACUGGGCUGUGGAUCGCUGCUACACAGGCUCCAAGCGGGUGGCGGCCGGCUGCUUCCAAGCCAUCGCCAACGUGUUCCAGAACAGGGAUUAUCAGUGUGACACAGUGAUGCUUCUAAAUCUGAUACUGUUCAAAGCAGCUGAUUCUUCUAGAAGUAUCUAUGAAGUUGCUAUGCAGCUUUUACAGAUUCUGGAACCGAAGAUGUUUCGUUACGCGCACAAGUUGGAGGUCCAGAGGACGGAUGGGGUGCUGAGCCAGCUGUCCCCACUCUCGCACCUGUACUCUGUGUCCUACUACCAAUUGUCUGAGGAGCUGGCAAGGGCGUACCCCGAGCUCACCCUUGCCAUAUUUUCAGAGAUAAGCCAGAGGAUCCAGACAGCCCACCCGGCGGGGCGCCAGGUCAUGCUACACUACUUGCUCCCCUGGAUGAACAACAUUGAGCUGGUGGACUUGAAGCCUCUGCCCCCUGCCAGGCGGCUGGACGAGGAUGAGGACGACGUGCUCAGAGACCGGGAGCUCAUGGUGACAAGCAGGCGCUGGCUGCGUGGAGAAGGCUGGGGGUCCCCACAGGCCACUGCAAUGGUCUUGAACAAUCUAAUGUACAUGACUGCAAAGUACGGGGACGAGCUGGCCUGGUCGGAAGUAGAGAACGUGUGGACCACACUCGCAGAUGGCUGGCCCAAAAACCUCAAGAUAAUCCUGCACUUUCUGAUCAGCAUCUGUGGGGUGAAUAGUGAACCAAGCCUCUUGCCUUACGUGAAGAAAGUCAUUGUGUAUUUAGGUAGAGACAAAACAAUGCAGUUGCUGGAAGAGCUGGUGGGUGAACUCCAGCUGACUGACCCAGUCAGUUCAGGGGUCACUCACAUGGACAACCCUCCCUACUACCGCGUCACUUCCAGCUACAAAGUCCCUUCUGUCACCUCAGGAACUACUUCCAGUAGCAAUACGAUGGUAGCUCCCACCGAUAGCAAUUCUGACAAUAAGCCCUUGAAAGAGAAUAUGGAAGAGAGCUGUGUGCACCUGGACGUCUACAGUGGACUGAACAGCCAUUUGAACCGCCAGCACCACAGGCUUGAGUCUCGGUAUAGCAGCAGCUCCGGGGGAUCUUACGAGGAAGAAAAAAGUGACUCAAUGCCACUUUAUUCUAAUUGGCGGCUGAAGGUGAUGGAGCAGAACCAAGGAGAGCCACUGCCCUUCCCGCCAGCUGGAGGCUGCUGGUCGCCGCUGGUGGAUUACGUGCCUGAAACGUCAUCACCUGGAUUGCCUCUUCACAGGUGUAACAUUGCUGUGAUCCUUCUGACCGACCUGAUCAUUGAUCACAGCGUGAAGGUGGACUGGGGAAGCUACCUCCCUCUUCUUCUCCAUGCAGUUUUUAUAGGGUUUGACCACUGCCACCCUGAGGUGUACGAACACUGCAGGCGCUUGCUUCUGCACUUACUAAUCGUCAUGGGACCCAGCAGUAACAUUCGCACCGUCGCCUCUGUCCUUCUCAGGAACAAGGAGUUCAACGAGCCCAGGGUGCUCACUGUCAAACCAACUGCACACUUUGAUUACACCCUCACAGCAGGUAUUCACGAGUUUGUCCCCGACUACCAGCCCUCCCCCAUGACCGACUCAGGGCUCAGCUCCAGCUCUACCUCGUCCAGCAUCAGCCUAGGGCAUGGCAGCGCCACUGCAGGCCACCUGCACCCCACCCUGCUCGGUGGGGCAGGCCUGGUGGUGGAGCAGGACAGCCAAGUCAAAGCCCUCCUGGAGUUCAUCACCUCGAGAAAAAGAGGGCCUCUCUGGAACCAUGAGGACGUUUCUGCCAAGAAUCCCAGCAUAAAGAGUGCAGAACAGUUAACGACAUUUUUGAAGCAUGUGGUUUCUGUUUUUAAGCAGUCAAGCUCAGAAGGCGUCCAUCUGGAACACCACCUCAGCGAAGUUGCACUGCAGACGGCACUCUCCUGCUCCUCACGACACUAUGCCGGGAGGUCCUUCCAGAUCUUCCGGGCCCUGAAGCAGCCUCUCUCAGCCACAACGCUUUCCGACCUUCUCUCCAGACUUGUGGAGACUGUGGGGGACCCAGGAGAGGACGCGCAGGGCUUCGUGAUUGAGCUUCUCCUCACCUUGGAGUCUGCAAUCGACACGUUGGCAGAAACCAUGAAGCAUCACGACCUCCUCUCUGCCCUUGCUCAAACCUCCUACCAUGAUCCUCUAAUGGGAAACAAAUAUGCAGCUAACAGGAAGAGCACUGGGCAGCUCAAUCUGAGCACAAGUCCCAUUAACAGCAGCCAUUCCUUGGGGUGUCACAGUAACGUAAGAAGUAACUCUUUGAGACUAAGUCUGAUUGGUGACCGGAGAGGUGACCGACGGCGGAGUAACACACUGGAUAUAAUGGAUGGCCGGCUCCAGCAUAGCAGCAGCCUGGCGAGGACUCGAAGCCUCUCCUCCCUGAGGGAGAAGGGCGGGUAUGACGUACAACCCACCACCGAGCCCGCCAACCUGAUGGCCACCAUCUUCUGGAUAGCAGCCUCACUGCUGGAGUCGGAUUACGAGUAUGAAUACCUCCUGGCCCUCCGGCUUCUCAACAAGCUGCUCGUCCACCUGCCUCUGGAUAAGUCAGAAAGUCGAGAGAAGAUCGAGAGCGUGCAGAACAAGCUGAAGUGGACUACCUUCCCUGGACUCCAGCAGCUCUUCCUCAAGGGCUUUACCUCGGCGGCCACACAGGAAAUGACCGUGCACCUCCUCAGCAAGCUCAUUUCUGUCUCCGGACACGUACUGGUGGAUCCCUCCCAGCUGUCAGGCUUUCCUCUUAACAUCCUUUGCUUAUUGCCUCACUUAAUCCAGCAUUUUGACAGCCCAACUCAGUUUUGCAAAGAAACAGCUAGUCGAAUAGCAAAGGUUUGUGCAGAAGCAAAGUGCCCCACACUGGUCAACCUGGCACACAUGAUGAGUCUGUAUAGCACACACACGUACUCCAGGGACUGCGCCAACUGGAUCAACGUGGUGUGCCGGUACCUGCAUGACUCCUUCUCGGAGACCACGUUCAGUCUCGUGACCUACUUGGCAGAGCUGUUAGAAAAAGGGCUGUCCAGUAUGCAGCAGUCACUACUCCAGAUUAUCUACAGCCUGUUGAGUCAUAUUGACCUGUCUACAGCCCCUGCCAAGCAGUUUAAUCUGGAGAUCAUAAAGAUAAUUGGCAAAUAUGUCCAGAGUCCUUACUGGAAGGAAGCCCUGAACAUACUCAAACUGGUGGUGUCACGCUCUGCAAGUCUUGUCGUACCCAAUGACAUCCCCAAGACCUACGGGGGAGACAUGGGCUCUCCAGAAAUAUCCUUCACUAAGAUCUUUAAUAAUGUUUCCAAGGAGUUGCCAGGAAAGACCUUGGACUUUCAUUUUGAUAUAUCUGAGACACCAAUUAUUGGGAAUAAAUAUGGCGAUCAGCACAGUGCAGCAGGAAGAAAUGGGAAACCGAAGGUGAUUGCUGUCACUCGAAGCACCUCCUCCACGUCUUCUGGCUCCAACUCAAAUGCUUUGGUUCCCGUCAGCUGGAAGAGGCCACAGUUGUCACAGCGAAGAACAAGAGAAAAGCUAAUGAAUGUGCUCUCUCUCUGUGGCCCAGAGUCUGGCCUCCCAAAGAAUCCAUCGGUUGUAUUUUCUUCUAAUGAGGAUCUGGAAGUUGGCGACCAGCAGACAAGCCUAAUUUCCACGACGGAGGACAUCGUUCAAGAAGAAGGACUCGCUGUGGAAGACAACAGCAGCGAGCAGCAGUUUGGUGUUUUUAAGGAUUUUGACUUUUUAGAUGUUGAGUUGGAAGAUGCAGAGGGAGAGAGCAUGGACAACUUCAACUGGGGCGUCCGCAGGCGCUCACUGGACAGCAUUGACAAAGGGGACACACCAUCCCUCCAGGAGUACCAGUGUUCCAGCAGCACCCCCAGCCUCAACCUGACCAACCAGGAGGACACGGAUGAGUCCUCUGAAGAGGAAGCAGCCCUCACUGCCAGCCAAAUCCUCUCUCGCACACAGAUGCUGAACAGUGACCCUGCCACAGAUGACUCCCUGCCAGACCACCCGGACCUGCUUCUCCAGGUCCAGGACCCCACGGGUAGCAUCACAGCAGAGGACGUGCUCCAGAUCCAAGAUGAGCCCCUAGAUAGUGCUAGCAGCCAGCCGCCUGAGGAUACAAGUUCAGUAUUAAGGGAGGAACAUGUUACAGCCUUUGAAGAUGAAGGGUCAUAUUUAAUUCAAGAACAGCAGGAUUCUCUUGUGUGUCAAGGAAUUCUUGAUUUAGAAGAAACGGAAAUGCCGGAGCCUCUGGCUCUUGAAAGCUACCCCGAGUCCAUCUGCGAGGAGGACGUGACCCUGGCCUUGAAAGAACUGGAUGAAAGGUGUGAGGAGGAAGAGGCGGAUUUCUCUGGCCUGUCCAGCCAAGAUGAGGAAGAACACGAUGGCUUUCCCGACACACACACGUCACCCCUGCCAUCACCAUUCCUGUCUGCCAUCAUCGCUGCCUUCCAGCCCGUAGCUUGCGAGGAUGAGGAGGAAGCCUGGCGCUGCCACGUCAACCAGAUGCUGUCUGACUCGGAUGGCUCCUGUGCAGUGUUCACCUUCCACGUGUUUUCCAGGCUGUUCCAGACGAUUCAGAGGAGGUUUGAGGAGAUCACAAACGAGGCAGUGGGCUUUCUUGGGGAGAGUCUGCAGCGCAUUGGAGCCAAGUUCAGGGGUUCCCUGGAGGUGAUGCUGCUGUGCUCAGAGUGCCCCACAGUCUUCGUGGACGCAGAAACGCUGGUGUCAUGUGAUUUACUAGAGACCCUCAAGUUCAGUGUUUUGGAGCUGCAGGAGCACCUGGAUACGUACAAUGCCAAGAGAGAGGCCGCUGAGCAGUGGCUAGACAAUUGUAAGAGGACAUUUGGUGCCAAAGAAGACAUGUAUAGGAGAAACCCAGAUGCACAACAAAUGGAAAUACUAGCAGAGCUGGAGCUCUGCCGAAGACUGUACAAGCUGCACUUUCAGCUGCUACUCCUGUUCCAGGCCUACUGCAAACUCAUCAGCCAAGUCGGCACGAUAAAAAAUGCCGCAGAGGUCAUCAACAUGUCAGAGGAACUUGCCCAACUGGAAAGCAUCCUCAAAGAAGCAGAGAAGGCUUCAGAAAAAGAAGAAAUCGACAUUUCCAAAGCUGCACAAACAACCAUAGAAACGGCCAUUCAUUCUUUAAUCGAAGCCCUGAAAAAUAAGGAAUUUGUAUCAGCUGUCGCACAAGUCAAAGCUUUCAGAUCUCUCUGGCCCAGUGACAUCUUUGGCAGCUGUGAGGACGACCCGGUGCAGACGCUGUUACACAUUUACUUCCACCAUCAGACGCUGGGCCGGACAGGAAGCUUCGCUGUUGUUGGCUCCAACCUGGACAUGUCAGAAGCCAGCUACAAGCUGAUGGAGCUGAACUUGGAAAUACGAGAGUUCCUCCGCGUGCUGCCAUCCUUCCAGCUGCUGGCACAGGCCAAGCCACUGGGAAGCGUACUGAGCACUGGGUUCUGA